AUGGUCUCACGAGCCGAACUUGCCGACCACUCUCGAGGCGCGCCGACAGUCACAUCUGGAACGUCUCGGUCGCGCCAUCACCACCAUCACCAUCGUCGAGGACGGUCCUCAUAUGGCGGAACGUCAUCUUUUCAGUCACCGCAGAACGAGUUCCCCUUCUUCGCGCAGUCGGGCGAUGUGGAGAUCGUGUUGACCUGCGAUGGACAAGAGAAGAGAUACCUCUUGCACCGGUUUACGUUGGCGCAAUUCUCGGGGUUCUUCGAGGCGAGUACUAGCGAUGAAUGGUCCCGAGGUCAUCAGGUUCAGGUUCUGCCGGAGUCUUCGCGACAACCUAACAAUCAAGCUUUGAGUGCUAUCGAGGAGGAAGCAUCUCGAGUGAGCAGCGCAACGGCCGGUCCGGGGACGGGUACAUCAAAUGGGCGCACCACUCUACCAGUGUCGGGGUCGGCGUCCUCGAGGCGGAGGUGGCGGUAUGAACUGGACUGGGAGAAUCUUGAGGACGACGACGAACCGAUCCUGGUGCAAAAGACACCUGAAGGCCCGCUGUUCGCACCAUCACGGCUACCACCCCCGCCGGUGCAGACACAGCCCCGAGCAGCUCCAGCUCAUCACUCGUCCUUUUUCCGCUCCAUGGCGAGCCUUGCUCUGCCUCAUCACGGACAUGCAGCAUCGCAAUCCGCCGCGCAACUGGCAGUAGUCCCAGAUCCAGCCCUUACAAACCCGCUGUUACGCGACUACGACAAUCUGUUCCGCAUCUUCUACAAUUUCCCGCCCGUGCUCAACUCGACCAACAUCGCCUCCGCAUACUCGGAAUGCAAGGCCCUCUUGUCUCUGGCAGACAUGUACGACGCUCUCCCGGUGGUUGGACCGCGGGUCGACCAUCACCUCCUCCGGUUUUCGUCUCGACUCUUCAAGCAAAUAGCAAAGUAUCCUCCUUCAUAUCUCAAACUCGGGUAUCUGGCUCGAAGUCGCAUCAUCUUCUCGGAAGCUCUCACGCAUGUCGUGGGCCAGUGGCCUGCUGCUUUGCCGUACCUGAAGCCACCGGACUACUCAGGCGGACGGUACGAGGUCCCACUGUCUGUUAUCGAUUUGAUCGAGGAUAAAGUGGAUGAGCUGGAAGAGUUGAAACAAAAGAUAGAAACCAAGUUGUUCAGACUGACGUUGACCACGAGUCGCGGUGAGAGAGUCAAUCCUGCAAACGACUAUCUUGGCUGGCUUGCAAUGAGCCUGUGGCGCCAAUGGUUGGCGGAGAACACGACGCCAGAAGUGCGUGGGAUACUGAAGAAUGGAUCUGGAUCGCGGCCGGGCAGUUCGAAUGCGAAUGCUAAUACGAAUACAAUGCAACAACCUCAAGGAGUGGUUGGCAGACCACCACCACCAGCUCCAGGUACUACAGUUAUGGUUGCUGCGCCGCCACAGCCGCUCGUGCGCGUUCCUCCAACAGCAACAGCCGUGAAUACCGGUCGGAUCUUCCGGAUGAUAGCAUCCACCAAUCCGGAAAGUUACCUUCCUCACGACGAACUCAAGCGGUUCCUCAAGAUCAGACCGCCGGGUCUUCCGAAUUCGCCGUCCAUGUAUACUCGGGAAAAUCUGCGGCGGUUUGAACGCAAGAUUGACGAGAUCAAGAACGUCGCGCGUGAUCUUGUGAAGCCGUUGACGAGAAACUGCCUUGAACUGGAUUUGAGGAGUUUGAGUGAUGGCCAGGGCGGCGGUCUGGGAUACUUGACGUGCAUGCGGUGUGAAGAGGGAGAUCUGCCUUGGGAGGUGUGA